GCAGCGCAGACAGUGUGACUGAGGCUCAACUGUGAUGAGUUUAAGCAUCAGAGUCAUCAGCUGUUGAUACAGCCGGAGUGUGAGAGAACAGAGAGAGAGAGAGAGAAGAGAAGAGAAGAGAAGAGAAGAAGAAGAAGAAGAAGAAGAAGAAGCAGAGCGAGGCGCUGAAAGGAUAACACUAUGCUGUGCUGUAUCAGGAGAACUAAACCGGUUGAGAAGAACGAAGAGGCCGAUCAGGAGAUCAAGCAGGAUGGAACCAAGCCAGAAGAGAAUGCCCAAAAGGCCACCACCAAGCAGAACGGUGCUGCUCCAGACGAGUCUGCUGGGACCGAAGAGGAAAAGAAGGAGCAAGUCUCUCCAACAGAGGAGAAACCAGCUGAGGUUUCUACAGAAACUGCAGAAGAGAGCAAACCAGUCGAGCAGCCCAACUCGCCUGUAGCUGAAGCCACGCCCACCAUCACCACUAACUCCGCCCCCUCAGACACACCCACUAAAGAGGAGGCCCAGGAGCAGCUGCAGGAGGUGGAGAAACCGAAAGAGGUGAAGAACACAGCGGGCGAGAACCCCACCCCCGAUGUAAACACAGAGGAGAAGGAGAAGAAAGAGGAGGAGGAGGAGGAAGCCAAACAAGCUGAUGUGCCUGACGCUGCCGAGAGCCAGGAGACAGACCAAAUAGACAAAAAAGAGACCGUCGAAGACUCCAAACCAGCAGAAGAGGCCGUUUCAGACCAGAAAGUUUAACAGAUGACCAGUGAAAUGUAAAAUCCUAAGUAACCAACAGACUGCUCUUAAUAAUGAAGACGGUCUGUUUUUAUGUUUGUCCGCUCUUUUUUGCUGUGGCAAAGAUUUUCUGACGUGUGGAGGGAGUUUUCUAAUGCAGAUCGAUCGCAGACGGACACAAGCCUCCAUCUGUCCGGCUCUUUUACACUCGGGAUCGGCUCUUCUCAUCGCAUGAGAAUUCUUCCUUUCAGAGACGAGAACCUUCUCACACGCACCCAACUAAUACAUGUGGCUUCUUUUAAUGUCCUUGGUGUUGUUAUCAGCGUUUAAUUGGAGAUAUUGCUGCACUGAUGUUAAAAAUCAAGAAAAUCCAACAAAAAGAAAACACAUCAGCCUUUCUGUUCAAGUGAGUUUGAAUCUAAGGAGUAAAAUUGGAAAAUGGUUUCAUGUCUGUUUCCAAAGUAAAGAAUUGUGCCAAUUA